CCCAAGGCAUUUUAAAUAAACCCGCGGAAAAGAGCCAGGGUAACAAGUAACAGCCUAGAAUUACCCGGGCAAGAUGUGGAGUCGACUUGAUCAACUUGAAGCAAGUACGUACUUCUGCGAUCGAAUUUUCUAUUUAGGAGCCCAGUAUGUCUUCUUCCGGUGCAACAACAAUGUCUUCAUCAACACGCGUAUUCCCGCCUCUCUAUACUUCAUCUGGUGAUGAUUCCGCCGACAGAUUAGCUUUCUUUCAUAUUCUGGAGCGGCUGAAGACGCAAAAACGAACGGGAUGGAUUGAUCACGGAGUACGACUUUCUCUAUGCUCGCAGCUGGAGAAUAAACUAAAUUUUUGCGAUAGAUUGGCAAGCCAGAGAGGUAGAGCCCCGGUUCCUCUCAAUACAGCGAUACCGAUGCUCAUCUUUCGCCUGGACCCCUUCUCUAGUAUCUCCGACCACAUGUAUAGAAUGGCAGUUCUUGCUAUGUGCACUUCAGAUGAAAAACUAGACAUACCAAAAUGUGUGAUGAUGUGUGUCGUUCAUGACCUUGCGGAGGCACAGGUCGGCGAUAUCACUCCUCGGGAAAGGAUCAGUAGAGCAGAGAAACAGCGGCUCGAGGAGGAAGCAAUGCAUAACUUCGUACAUGAAAUGCUGCAUAACAGUCCUGCAGCUCAAAGGAUAGAAGCGUUGUGGAAGGAAUACGAAGACGGGAAAACGCCGGAAGCGCGAUUCGUCAAAGAUCUAGACCGUUUUGAGUUAGCCUCUCAAGCGUUUGAAUAUGAACGAACAUACACUGCAAGAAAUCUACAAACAUUUUUUGAUACAAGUCUUCCCAAAGUACGACACACCGAGGUCCGUGAAUGGGGUGAGGAUCUAAUGAAGGAGCGAAAGGAACUAUGGAAAGCCAUAGAACCGGAGCAACCAACUUUUAACAGCCUACUAUGAUGCUAUAGAUACUCAUUUAACUACGAAUACACUUGUAUU